AAGGAAAACGAACAAGAAAGCAAAAAUACGUCAGGGUGGUGAAACUUGCGGACAUGACAAACGAGAGGAAAGAGAAAAUUAGCAAGAAGAUACAACGCUGGGAAAGUAAAACGUUGGUCAAAGAACAGCCGCGAGGCCAAAUAAAGGGGGAGAGGUGAUAGGGGUGGGAGGGGGUUGGCCAGAAAUAGACCAGAAAGGCUCAGACCCGGCCCGCAAGCGGGGAGCAGGAGAAGCCUCCAGAUACAAUUACUACUGCUAUGUAAGAGAAGUGCUCCUAGAAGGGAAAGAAACUUCUUUUGGUGACAAUGCAAAGUCUGUGAAAAUGCAGUGCUAUUCAAGAUGUAUUGAAAAAAAACCAUUGCCGUUGUUUACCAUUGGCUACUAGGAAGAUGUGAGUCCCUGAAAUGAACAGUUUAAACAUAUGAAAUUGAUCAUCCUUACAAUAGGAAGAAAAAUCAAGCUGUUUACUCUUCGCUUAUAAAGAUGCUCCAGGCAACAAAGGGUUAAUGCGGGAGGUCAUGAAGAGGACACGACCAAAGGGUGACCCUCCAGCUGGAUCCCGCCAAUGGGAGGCUCCUCACCUCCUCCCUGGUCCUUGGAAUCCACCUUCUGCCCUCUGCUCCCGAAGUGGGAACCAUUUUCAGGGGUGCAGGCUUGAGAGAGUAAGGUGUCCUUGAAACCAUCUGGACAGAAUACGUGAUUGAACCCCGUUAGGCCCUCUGUAUAAACUUUUGGGAUCCUGGUGACAGGUGCAGAGAUCUACCCACCUUGCAGUGCCCAAGACAAGCCUCUCAGGAAAUCUGUGAAGUUUGAACAAGCAGCUUUUCCCAAGAUGUAUCGAAUAUCUCAACUGAUGUCAACACCAGUAGCAAAUUCUUCUGGGUCUGAGAAAGAAGACACUGGGGAACUGUCUCCCACGUGCCUUUUCCCGAGUUUUGUCUGUGAUUCCCAGUGCGGUGACAGUUCCUUGGAGUUCGGCUCCAUAGAUCGCCUGGCAGGCUCCCACUUCACCUGCCGCCGAAGCCCCAGACUCCUCACCAAUGGCUACUAUAUUUGGACAGAAGACAGUUUUCUUUGUGACAAAGAUGGCAACAUAACUCUGAGCCCAUCCCAGACCAGAGUUCUGUACAAGGAGAACUUAGUCAGAAUAUUCAGAAAGAAGAAGAGAGUCCGCCAUCCUUUCUCUUCUCUCUUCAGCCUCAGUGCCUCUGAAUCCUGGCUGCACGGCAGUAUCUUUCAGAAUGUUGGUUCCCCCCCCAGUGAGGACAUCUGGUUGGAGGGGGUCCGGAGGCUGGACACAAGCCUGUGCAAUGAAAGUGGAGGUGACUUUGACAGUUCUCUGACUGAUGACUGGGAGUCAGAGAAGCCAAAUGCAGAGUCUGUGACAACCUCUUCCAGCCACCGCACAGCUCAGACUCCCAAGGAAAACCUCCACCAUCCGUCUCCUCCGUCCCAGCUGACGGCUUCCGAACAUUUCCAGGAAAACGUUUGGGAUCGUUCAAAAGCCAGUUUGUUACCAGAAGUCUCGUUUCAAGCGAUUCUGCUCAUUGCAUGCUUCAUCAUUUCUGCCUGCGCAAGAUGGUUUCUGGGAGGAAUAAUAGCCAGCGUCUUCACGUGCUCCUUGGUGAUAACUACCGCUUAUGUGGUCAAGUCUUCAUUUCUCAGCCUCGCCCACUAUUUCAAAGCCACCGCCUGGACUUGGUUUGCCAAAUUUUGACAACCAUUCAGGAGUGCCUCUGAUGAAUGUCUUCAAUCUGAAUGUCCAGAAAUUGAUACGUAGUCUGCGGGGAAUCAAUUGUUUUUCUGGAAGGGAGUGAACAAGUGGGUAACUGAGAAAAAAAAAUAAUUUAGUUAUGUGUUUUUUUUAACCUCACUUUUUCCUUCACACGAAAAUAAUAAUAAUUUGACUUUCCUUUGCAAAAUGCUAGCCGUUGAAGAAGAAAGGCCUGGGAAAUGUGACAGAGGUGAACCACCUAGAUGAGUGUCCUCUGAUUAUACCUUAAGGCAGUGGUUCUCAAACAUUAAUUUUCAUUAGCGAAUUCCAUAUGGAGUUUAUAAUAAUACAGAUUCCUGGGCCCGCCUGCCUGUACUUACCCCUUGCUGAACUGCUGUAAUGGAACAAACAAAGGGAAUUUACACAAUCAACACCAACUUGAAAGUAAAUAAAUACGGUUUCUACAUACAAUAUAACGUAGAAAAAGUUUGCUUUUCUUCCCCAGGCGUGGCUUAUAGGAGGUGAUGACAGUAGAUGGUGGUUGAUGGAAAAUGGGCAGGAAAGAUCCACUUUUUAGAAAGUACAUUCUUCUUUUGAGCCUGGUUCUUUACCAAGCUUUCAGCCACUGUGGGACUUAUGAUUACCUUUCACUCAAGUUGCACUUCAAAUAAAGGUAUAACAGAGAAAAAAAUUCCUUAAGGACAAAAUAAAGGCAGAGUACCAUAGCGCUUUGGAAUGCAUAAAAAUGAUACAGUUGCCCUGAGGAGUAUAGAAGAUGCUUCCUCUCUGUUUCUCUUGCUUGGUAUAUGUUCUCAAAGCAAAUGUGGCCUGCCAUUGAAAUGUCUUCUCUGUGAUAUUCUCUGGCUAGGAACUUGUGUAGAGAAAAUUGUCUUUGCUUAAAACAGUAAUGUCAAAAUAUCACCUUUCAUAUCAAUUAUCUUCAGUGCAUUUUUGGUUGAAAAAGUAUUAUACUAAUAAAUGAAUGGAGUCAUCAAUGACUGGCUUUGGUCAAA